AUGCUUCCCUACCCAAACCACCCCCAAGACACCCGAAAUUUGGCGCAGUACGACAGUCGAGAUUUGAUGACAUGGAAUACUCGUAUCUCGGGUGGCUUGCAGACGGAGAUGUCACCCCCGAUACCACAACUAACAGAAGAAAAUUUAGAGCUUUUCCACCGGUCUAGGGACAGUGACUUUCUCCCUCCAAUGAAUAGCUCUCACAAACACAGAAUGCCACAUAUACCUGCGCUACAUGAUGAGCUGGAGAAUGUAUUGCAAGCAACAAAAGGACCAGCAACCCACAGAUGUCUGGUAGGAGAGGAUGGAUUCCCAAAGCCACGGCCAGAAUGCGAAUUCAAGCAAAAGUUCACACCGGAUGAUGAUGAGCUCCUGAAGCACCUGAAACAUGAUAAAAAGGACCCUUAUCGACUGGGUUCAAAGGACGAUUCGUUGACUUGGAGACAAAUUGCAGACUUUUUCCCUGGUCGAGCGCCAGGGACCUUACAAGUACAUUACUGUAAGGAAGUCGGGGCGGCGAAGGCACCAGAAUGGACUGAGGAAUUGGACGACAGACUGAAAGAUGCAAUGGAAGAGUAUGAAAAAGAGCGAUGGCAGGUCAUAGCCAAGAGGUUCAAGGGAAAGAACUACGCAGCGGCUUGUGAAGAAAGAGCACAAUGGUUACAAGAAUUAUAUCUACGAGGGGAGAGACCAGUGUACCCAAAUAAAGAUAAGGCAGAGGCCCAAGGACAGCAGCAAACGCGGCCACAAGAGUGGGAGGAAGAUGAAGAGAGGCGAGAUCAAGAGCAAGAGAUGGAAGAGAGAGAACGAGACAUAAGAGCGAAGAAGCGAAAGACGCAGGGAAAGAAGCGAAAGAUGAAAGAGCAGGGCCAGGGGUUGCAAAUGGGAUAA